GUAGUCACUGUUGUGGCCGCUCUCACGCGCUGACUGCUGACGGCCAAACAGUUGCUGUUGUGCGGCUAGAAUUGACGGCAUUUUAGCAAAGUAUCACGAAAUAGUGUUGAAAAUGACGUGCGAAAAAAUAAAAUAAAAUAAAAUGAAAUAAACACUAAAAUAAAUUUAAAAAAUAACAACAACAAAUCUAAGAAAUAAAUAGCGACAAACAUAAUAACGCGGCGCGCUGAAAAGCGUUCAAAGCUGGCACAGUUGAAAAAAAACAACAAGGAACGAAAAAAAUGGGAGAAAUGAUAUUAUUUAGUAUUUUACAUAUUAAAAAUCGCGGCUACUUCUCAUAAUUUUCGGUGCUUGGUCGUGCGCGCGUACACAUACCGUUGACGGCGUUGGCAUUGGCCAAAUCGCUCGAACGGGCACGUUAUGUAAGCAGGAUUUUUUGGGUUUUUUCACAAACCGCAAAAAAUUGCAAUAAAAAUUUUUUGCUAAUGCAUGAUUUGCAACGGUGACAAAACUCAAAAGUGCGUGAUAGUGCAGGUAUGCGAGAAAAUUCCUAAAUUGAGAAGCGAUAACGAGCAACGAAACUAAAAAAGUGCGUCAAAUCGCGAAAACAAUCUGCGACAAUCCAUGUAAAAUAUCUUAUGAAUUUAACGCAAUAACGAAGUUUUUCUCCACAUUUGAACUAACGGUUAAUAACGGUGAUAGCCGCAUAAGUGCGCAACCAAGUGUUUAAUUAUUUGUGACUAAUAUGAAAAAUAUGGAAAGUGCAACAAAUAAAUUGUCAAUUAAAAUAAUAAUAACUUCAACGCAGGCGGUUUUGAUGUGAACAGCAACAACAACAAUAAACAAUUAAACUGCGUCGUUGGUCAACGUAAGCGUCAACGUCAGCAGAAGUGUUAUAAGCGUAAAAGUGAAGCAGAAGAAGAGGAAAAAGAAGAAGAAGAAGAAAAGAAAAAUUGCGAAAUAUACAUACAUACACACAUAUAAAGUGAAAGCACAAACACGGCACGCAUAAACAUUAAUCUAUAGACAUGUAUGCAUGUAUGCACAUACAUACAUACAUACGUACGUACAUACAAGCAAAAUAAUGAAAUAAUAAAAUGGAUUUUCACCUUAAAACCGGCGAUAAAAGGAAUCAACUAAAUUAUCGAUCGAAAAUACUGUGAAAAGUUAAGUGAAAAGUGUAAUAGCGGAAAAGUAAAAGAAAAAAACAAUACGAAUCAAAAUGUACGACAUUCAAACGACGCUGCAUAAAAUUGCUUUAACCCUCCAACAACAGCUCAAUGCUCUCACCACCAGCACCGAAGUCGCCUCUCACAAUACGUGUGAACGGGCAGAAUUCUACAAUUUCCCCACACCAACACAGGCGCAGGAUAUUUGUCAAUCAACAGACGCGCCCAACUGGAAACAGCUACACAUACUUUAUACGCGUUACUACACACUCCUUAUGCACCACAUGUGGCCCACUUUGCUGGUCGCACUGCAUCAAUGCCACGAUGUCUAUCAGAAAACCCAGCAAUACUACACCGAAUACAGCACACGUUUGGCUCAAUGGUCCACACUGCUCGCGAGUGAUCAAUUAUUUAUGUUCGCAAUCAAAUUUUGCCUGCUAUUGCUCUUCCUCUUUCUCAUGCAUUGGAUUAAAUCAACGAAAGCGCCCGCAACUCCCACGGCAGCAGCAGCAGCAUCGACGGAGGCAGCGAUGCCGGCAAUCAAUUUACCGCUAAUCGUUACCGACGAUCGCAUUGAAGUAUUGGAAGUGAGCGCUGCGAGUGACAUUCUGUGCUCAGUCGAUGCGCCCAGAUCACCGGCGACAUCUAUUACGCCCACCGUGACGCGUGAAUUGGUUUGUGAUUUCAAUUUCGUUUCGCCGUCAGAGUUGCGCGCUGCACUCGAGGCCGCCAAUCAGCGGAUGCUUGAGAUAGAGGAAAAGCGUCGCCGCAAACGUAUAACCAAAAAACGGAAAUGCGUUUCGGCGGGUCCGAUAUUGAUUGCGAUACGAUCGAAGAAGACACAUAAGCAUAAAAAAAGACAAGAGCAGUUGGAAUUGAAGCAGCAGCAACUAUUGCAUCAACAACAAUUGGAAUUGUUAACACCAACAAAUGUAUCACCUGUACGUUCCACAUAUCUGUCAUCGCCGACAGAAGAUGAGAACUUUUUGCCAGUGCGCAUGAAGCCGUUGGCAGUGGGUGGUGCAGCUUACGAAAUCGAGGUGGAUGCGGAAACAGAAGCAGAAAUUGUAUCUUUGAUGUGUGUUUCCGAGCCUCGUGGCACAAUGAGCACCACUGAAGAGAUUUAUCCUGAUUCACCGGAUAGCAGCCUGUACGGUUCGGAUGAGGAGCAAGAGGAUCCAUCGCAAUAUUGCCGUGGCGGCUAUCAUCCAGUAAUUAUAGGCGAUAUAUUUGACAAUCGUUUUCGUGUUGUACGCAAACUUGGCUGGGGACACUUUUCCACCGUUUGGCUAUGCAGGGAUCUCAAAGAAGAGAAAUAUGUCGCCCUGAAGGUGGUGAAGAGUGCACCGCAUUAUAUCGAAACCGCUGCCGAUGAGAUACGUCUUCUCGAAGCUAUACGUGAUGCAGAUCCGCUCGAUGUAAAACGUGAGCGUAUCGUACGACUGCUCAAUCACUUUACGAUACGCGGCGUUAAUGGCAAACACUAUUGUUUGGUUUUCGAGGCGCUCGGCUGUAGUUUAUACAAACUGAUCGUGAAGAAUAACUACCAGGGCUUAGCCAUCGGCCAGGUGCGCAACAUUAUCAAACAAGUGCUGGAGGGGCUAGAUUAUUUACAUACGAAAUGUAGCAUUAUUCAUACGGAUAUUAAACCAGAGAAUAUACUGUUGGUGAUCGAUAAUGAGUCGGUGGUGAAUCAACAAAUUGACGAUGAGAUUGCAAGCUUACGCGUGAAGGGCGCUGACUUUCCGGAUUCAUAUAUAAGUUCCAUCGAGAAGCAGGCGAAGAGUCUAAGUAAAUGGCCACUGAUCGAUACAAAUGCCUCAACAACAAAUAGCACGGGCACAGCUAAUAAUUCCUCCACAUCAUCCACACCGUUGCCAACUACAGCUGUGGCUGCACUCUCAAUGACCGGUGCAACAAUAACGGCACUUAACAAGGAUGAUACGAAUUCAACAUUAAAUACAAAUACAACUACAUCAUCGCUAGCGUCUAAAUAUUCAUCCAGUUUGAUAGGCGAAAAUGAUGGUGUAGGUGGCGGUCGUACAGGUACGGAUAGUCCUUCAAUAGGCGGCGGUUCGACAUAUGCGACAACGGGCAAUAUGAAUAAUCGUUAUCGAGCCGAGAAGAAAAUCACUGCCAAGACCCAGUCCUACACGAAUGCCAUACAAGCGUUGAUCAACAAUACGAAUGUGCGCGUUAAAAUUGCUGAUUUGGGAAAUGCCUGUUAUGAUUAUCAUCAUUUCACCGAAGACAUACAAACGCGACAAUAUCGUUCCAUAGAAGUAUUGCUUGGCGCACCAUACAAUUUCACGGCCGAUAUUUGGAGCACCGCUUGCCUUGCUUUCGAAUUAGCAACCGGUGAUUAUCUGUUCGAUCCACACGCUGGCGAAAAUUACUCACGCGAUGAGGAUCAUUUGGCGCACAUUAUUGAACUAUUGGGCACGAUACCGCCGUCCGUGAUAUUUCGUGGCAAGCAUGGACUCAAAUACUUUACUAGUUAUGGCAGCUUACGAAACAUCACGAAAUUGAAGCCAUGGAGUCUAUUAAACGUACUCAUCGAAAAAUAUGACUGGGAUCCCAUGGAGGCGAAAAAAUUCUCUGAUUUUUUACUACCGAUGCUUGAAUACAAUCCCGUUAUACGCGCCUCAGCGGCCGAAUGUCUAAAUCAUCCAUGGCUCGAGCAGGAAGAAUUCGUUUGAAAGGUAGCCAUCUUCGUUUCACUUGUUGACUGAUUGCUAAGCUGAAACGAACGAAUGCAUACACGCACACGAAUGACGUUACAUACAUACAUACAUAGAUGGGAGUAGAAUUGCAAACUAACGGCGGAGCUCAGCUGAAGACAGGGCCGAGAGAGAGACUUAAAGAUUCUCACAUUAAUACUUAAGCGUUAAGAAUUUACAUACAAUACAAAGAGAUAAAUUAAAAAUAAAAACUUAUAAAGUAGGCAUUAAAUAAUUUUUUAAUAUUUAAUGAUGAAGUAUAAAUGAAAAUAAAAUAAAUUUAAAAGCGUAGCAUGCAAUAAUGAAGAGAAAUAAAAAUAUGACAACAACAACAAAAACAUUUGAGAUAACAGAAUUUAAGCAAAUGGAAAUGAAAUGGUGGAAAAAAGUAGGUGGCAAAAAAGUAUGUUUGUUAAAGUAAGUUUUCUAUGGGCGAAUAAAAAUUGAGUUUUAGCAUUAAAGGAAGUAUGAAGAAGGAAGUAUAAAGAAUAAAAACACAAUUUAAAUAAAAGACAAUUGCAAGAUCCCUGUAGGAUACCCUAACGACUUAUAGCCAUACAUACAUACACUCACAUACUUUCAUACAUAAACAUUUAUAUGAAUUAUUAAAAAUAGCAUAAACUUCAAAGAAUUUUGGAAUCUGCAUAUGCCUAACUGACUGACUUAUUUUUCAUAAAAAACUUAAUAAAACUCGUAACUUAAUACAAAUAAAGGAUUAAAUAAACAAUAAAUAAAUAAAUAAUAUAUUAUGAUGGGAAAGUAAUCAUUAGAACUAUUUCAAAAUAAGCAAAAUGUUUACAUAACCAAACAAAAAAUAUUUUAAAUUGAUGCAUAACAAAUGAGCAUUUCGCACAAUUCGUAAGUAAGAUUGGACAUCAAUAAGUAAAAAGGCUGGCAACUUUACAUUGUAAGCGCCAGUAAAAUUUUUAACAUUUGCAAAUUAAUUUCCAAAUUACUUAAUUGACAUUUAACGAGAACAAAAUCACUGGAAAAUGGUCAACACUAAUAACUAGCGCUAAAAUAACUGAACAAUCCAAUAAAUUCAAGUUGAAAAAAAAUCUGAAAUUUUUCAUACAUACAAACCGUAAUAUAAGCCACACAGAAAAAUAAAAAUAAAAAUUAUAAAUAGUAUCUUAGCUUAAACAAGGUAAAGCGAAUAAUUGAUUUCGUGGGUGCAUAACACAAUUUUUCGAACAACUUUAAAAUAGAAAAAAUAAACUACAAUACAAAACUGUAAAAAUUAUACAUGCAUACAUGCGUAAUGCAAAAGUCAGAAUAUGUAAUUCAUAGUUCAUAAAAAAAUUUUACCGUACAUGAUUAAUCUAAAAUGUAUCUCUGCCCUCAUGAAAUGGGAGCAAGCGCAUAUACGAUGCUUCUUCUUGUUGUCCUUACCCAUAGAAAACGAUUGCAGUGCACAAUGCUAUUAAAGCUUAGCUAGUUGCUUCAAUUUGUUUUAGAAGUUCAAUAAAAAAGAAACCUCUUUUAUUGAUUUAGCACAAAAAAUAGAAAAGAAAAAAUAGGCACAUAAACUCAUUUCAUUGGAAUUCAAACGUUUCAGUGCGAGAAAACCCUCAUCGAAGAGGUGUGUUCAGUGGCCGCUGCACUUAGUUCGUACAUUUGACAGCACUUCACCAAUGAAAAAGACGCGUUGUUAGUAGCCGAGCAUCCGCCGGAUACUUCGUAUAAUUAUCGUUGCUAUGAGUCAGUCUAAUCGAUCUAUAUUUAAAAAUCGUAUUUAAAAACAAGCAUAAGUACUUAUUAACUUGCGAAAAUGUGAUUUUAUUUUUAUAAAAUAGUUGUUGAAUGUUUUCAUUAUCAAGCAAUGAGUAUUUGAGCUACAAGUAGCUAAAAGGCUAACGUGGCGUACUCGGCAUGCCAAUAUGGACGCCGAUGUAUGAAAACCCGAAGUCUAAAAUGCAGUGAGUUGUGAAAGUUCAGUUUAACUUGAACUUGUCUGAAUUAAAUUUGAAAUUUCAAGGUGUGUAAGUGAUGCCUAGUUAUGAGUGGAUUUGGUUGCCUUUAUUAGCAUACUUAGUAAUGGUUGGUUUUUUUUUGCCUUUAUUGCACACUUGUCGAAGUUGGCAAUUGGUAUUGAAUAAAAAAUAUCUUGGGUCCGUUUGUAUGCAACUAAAGAUGCCACAUAGCAAAAAUAUGCAAAUGUCACUCUUAAUUUGCUUUAUAAUUAUUUCUGUUAUGCUGUAAAUGGCCUUAUAAAAUUGUAGAUACAUUAAUUUACUGUGGAAGUUUUUUUUUAUUGUAUUGGCGGCUUUCUUAUAUGGUUCAGUAAACUAAAAAUCGUUUUUAAAAAUAUUAAAAAUAAAGCGCAAUUCAAAGUAAAGAUAAAAUUGAUCAGCUUUAAGGGGUUAGGGCUAGCAGAGGCCCGCAAAAGUGAUAAUUUUCAAUAAUACAGUGCACUCGCGAUAACUCGAACUAAUUAAAACAGGCGCUGUUCGAUUUAUCGAAUUUGUUCGACUUAUCAAUUGAGUGUGCUAUGUUAAAAAAACAGUCAUCGAUAUCGAUUUUUCGAUCGAUUGUUGAAAAUGGAAGCCAGUAGAAAAUUUCUGUAGUAUAGUUUCGUUAUACGAAUUACAUUUUGGUCCAUUGGCUGGAUCAAUGGUGUCACAUUCGGCGCCAUAAACAUGGUUAAAAUUAAACCAUCCUCGGACUUUAAUUCGAUUUCGUUGGGAUGUGAUGGGGCAUUAUCAAUUAGAAGAAGAGCCUUCUCAGGUAGUCCCCCAUCUUUCAAAUAUUUUCUUACCUAAAUAUUAAAGUCAUUUAACUUGGUUAAAAAAAUUGUUUUAAUGAAUCUGGAUUUUACCUGCGGCACGAACGAGUUAUGAAACCAGUCUUUGAAAAUCGCCGAAGUCAUCCAGGCUGAUUUGGAAUUUUCGUACUCCACCGGACAGUUAAAAUUUUUGAAAAUACGAGGAUUUCUUGCUUUGUCAAUAACGAGAAGUUUAAGCUUAUGGUUGCCGGUAGCGUUAGUGCAAGCCAUAAAUUGCCUUAUCUUUCUUUUUUAUAAGACUUAUGGUGGACUUGGCUACCCCAUAUUCCUUCGCUAGAGAAGUAACACUACGUCCACGUUUAAUUUUGUUAAGGACUUCAGCCCUCUCUUUUAAUGUUAAACACUUCAACCUUUUACGAUCCAUUACUCACAUGCACUGAUACACUACAAAUGACAAAUUUAAAGCAAUUUGGUCAAUGCAAGAUGUUGUUCCCAGAAAACUAACGGGAUAUUAACGUCGACAUAUUCAUAUGGACAAUAAACUAGUAUACAUAUAAUUUAUAUACAUAUACUAUUACAUAUGUAUGUAUGUACAAAAUGUACAUGUUUGAAAAGAAUGUGUGUACAAAUAAAUUUGUUUUUUUGUUCGAGUUAUAGCGCUUUAAUAUUGUUCGAGUUACAAAGAAGUCAAUAGGGAAAAAAAUGUGUUCGAGUUAGCACGUCGUUCGACUUAGCGGCUAUUCGAGUUACCGCGAGUGCACUGUAUUUGUUUUUGCUAUCAACUUCAAUCAAUUUCAUUAUUCUGCAAAAAUUAAAACAAAGCAUUAAUAUAUCAUGUUUCGACUUGACUUUAGCAAAACUUCAACAAAAAAAAUUAAUAAUUGUAAAAGUUAUCGCUUUUUGUGUGGAGACCGUUUCUCCAGAAGUCCCUUGCGGUGAUGGUCACAAAUCCUUGGAGAUGCAUCUAAAAUCUAUCGGACGAGAGAAAUUAGUUUCAUUAAUAGAUAAUCUUGUGCCUGAUAGAAGCUUUUUUUCAAAUUUAACAACCUGGCGGCCUCAGAAAAUAUUUUUCAGAUUUUCGAGAAAAAAACCGAUAGCUAAAUGUUAAAAAAAAAGAAAUUUUUGAAAAAAAUCAGGCACGAGUUUUUUAGGUUUUUCAAUAGCAGUAUGAAUAUUAUUGAAAUAUACCUAACGGUUUUUGAGUUACAGUGAUCAUCAAUUCAAAACAAAUAGUUUUGAGAAAAACGCAUUAAAAGUUUUGCUAUCGAUUUAUGUAGUGUUAUACGAAUUAUUUAAUUACUUACACUAUGCCAUCUAUUCCUGGGCUGUACAACAGUUCUUCAGCCGCUGCUACUUGCUCUCGAACGCUCCGGAGCGCCCGAGCGCCCUUUGUUAAUUGUUGAAUAACUCGAAAAGUAUUUGUCGAGUUCACUUUAAAUUUUCACACAAUACUUUUAAGAUAUUAUACUUUUUUUUGAUAAUUCUGACUACCCCUAACCCCUUAAUUAAAUUAGUUUCAAUUAGUAAUUCAAAUAAAAAAUACCUGUUUUCGGCAUUUUUAGCGCCAAUAACAUAUACGUAGAGUUCAUGUGACGCCACGCGUGCUUCACCGCUGAUGUUGCACCCUGUGCCGGCAGGAAAUGCGUUUCACAAAAAUAUUGUCUUAGUUUUUUCGUUUUUUUAUUAGAACACUUAAUAAAAUAUUUCAAACAAAAAGAAGGUAUUGGGCUAGCGUAUGAAGCAAAGGCAACAGUGAACGUGUCAAAUCAUUAAACAAAUAGUUAAACCAAACUUUUCUUGUCAUAAAAUGUCACAUGGGCUUACAUUUUUCUAAGGUAGAUCCUCAUUUCAAGCACGAACUGCUCUAAUAUUUUGAAAAGGUGCAAUUUAUUCCUGUAAAUUUGUUAGGUUGCCGCAUAUUUUUCGUGUUGUUUCCCAUCCUAUUUCCUCUUUGAUCAACGCAGUCAUUCUCACAUACGUAUUUUUUUUGUGUAAUCCAAAAUUUACGUACACGUUCAAAGUUAAUUGUAAACAUACCAGAUUGUAUAAAAUUAGCAAACUUGUAAACAAACAUAUUUCAAAAUACAAUCAUACAUCAGCAGCUCAUAAAUGCAUACUCAUACAUAUACACAUUUUAUAAUUAUACGAUAUUUCAUACAUCCAUCUUAAUAAAUAUUUGCAAAAACAGUGUACCCGUAGUGGAAUUGAAUUCUAAAUUAACAAUGAAAAUACUUGCAUAAAUAAACAAUGAAACGUUUAAGAAUAACCGAAAUAUUUUUAUUAAAAAUUUAUUACUGAAUUAUUCGAGUACGAAAUAGUAAACAAUAGUGUAUAUGAAAUACCCUUGCCACCAAGACAUUUGUGACCAUAUAAGAAAAUUUGAGUUAAUAUCGCAACAAAUGUUGAUGAAAGCAAAAUAAAAUUGUAAAAUUAGUAUUAUAGAAUUGAAAAAGUGUGAAAAAAUAUUCAUUUGUUGAAAACAAAAGAAAAUAUUUUACAGUAACUUAAAGUAAAAGGUGGAAAUUGUGAAAUAAUUAUGAAUUAAUAAAAUACAUA